CGCCUUGCAGAGACUGGUCGGGGCCACUGGGGGGCCCUCCUAGUUGGGGGUGGAGUUCUGUGUCGCCCCCUGUGGCCACGCUGUGCGGCUGCUGCGUCGCAGAUCCCUGCUCAUUCUGACUCCAACCCCUCUUCACGAGGCCACGCGGCUAGGUCACGAAUCGCCCUCUGCCCCUCGCCGCCCCUCCUCUAGAGACCGGCCACUGCCCGCCCGGCUGGCCCUGCGCAGCAUGAGGUCCUUGGGCUUCCAGGGUCCCCGUGAGCUUCGCUGGCGACCUCUGCUGCAUCUGCUGCUCCUGCUGUCUCUGCUGCAGCGGCCGGUAACCCGUGCCCAGACCACUCCCGGAACCCCCAGAGCCCCGACCACACCCGGAGCCCCCAGCAACCAGACCACGGUCUCCUCUAGUUCCCCGACCACACCGGCCACCUCCAGCACACCAAGUCUGAGGAAGCGCGCGCGGGCCCUGAUGCGGGACUUCCCUCUCGUGGACGGCCACAACCACUUGCCCCUGCUCCUGAGACGGCUUUUCCAGAACAGGCUACGAGAUGUUAACCUGCGCAAUUUCAGUCGUGGCCAGACCAGCGUGGACAAGCUCAAGGAUGGCCUCGUGGGUGCCCAGUUCUGGUCAGCUCAAGCCCCAUGCCAGACCCAGGACCAGGAUGCUGUGCGCCUCACACUGGAGCAGAUUGACCUCAUUCGUCGCAUGUGUGCCUCCUACUCUGAACUGGAGCUCGUGACCUCAGCCAAAGGUCUGAACAGCACUCAAAAGCUGGCCUGCCUCAUUGGUGUGGAGGGUGGUCACUCACUGGACAGCAGCCUCUCUGUGCUGCGCAGUUUUUAUCUGCUGGGGGUGCGCUACCUGACACUUACCUUCACCUGCAACACGCCCUGGGCAGAAAGUUCCACCAAGUUUAAACACCACUUCUACACCAACGUCAGUGGGUUGACAAGCUUUGGCGAGAAGGUGGUAGGGGAAAUGAACCGCCUGGGCAUGAUGGUGGACUUGUCGCACGCGUCAGACACCUUGGCGCGGCAAGCACUGAAGGUGUCGAGGGCUCCCGUGAUCUUCUCCCACUCAGCUGCCAGGGCUGUGUGCGACAAUUUGCUGAAUGUUCCCGAUGACAUCCUGCAACUUCUGAAGAAGAAUGGUGGCAUUGUGAUGGUGACGCUGUCCAUGGGGGUGCUACCAUGCAACCUGUUGGCUAAUGUGUCCACAGUGGCAGAUCACUUUGACUACAUCAGAGCUGUCAUUGGAUCAGAGUUCAUCGGGAUUGGUGGGAAUUACGAUGGGUCUGGUCGGUUCCCUCGGGGGCUAGAGGACGUGUCCACGUACCCAGUACUGAUAGAGGAACUGCUGAGUCGCGGCUGGAGUGAGGAAGAGCUCCAGGGUGUCCUUCGUGGAAACCUGCUGCGGGUCUUCAGACGCGUGGAACAGGUGAGAGAGGAGAACAAUGGACAGAACCCUGUGGAAGACGAGUUUCCAGAUAGGCAGGUGGUCAGGGCUUGCCACUCCCACCUCCUAUCUCAGCUUCAGAGUGAGCACCUCAACACACACCUGAAGGUGACCAAGUGGCCAAUCAGUCAGGUCCUCCAGAGGCCCUCGAAAGCCUCCCCAUACUUUGUUCUAAGCCUCUUGGCUGCUGCCACCUUCUCAGUCCUCAUCCUGUAGCUCUGGUGACCUGGCCAGUCCCCCGGAGGUCACUGUGGCAAAGUCUCACAAAGUCUCCUUCCCAGCCAUCCAGGCACAAGCGUAUGCUGAGAAUAAACAUUUUGGGUAUGGA